AUGGAUGUUCGUGACGAUACGUUUUACGAUUUAAUUCGUCAAAUUUCUGGAAAGCUAGUCGCAGAAUUGCUUGCUUUUCAAGAAUGCAAUGGAGUUGAUUCAUUCCUUGGAUUCAAUUAUUCACAUCUUAACCAACAUGAUCCAGAUUUUGACUCUGAUUCAGAUGAUAGUAGCGGUGAAGAAGAUGAAGAUAGUACUGGAAAUUGCAAAGAUAAUAAAGAUUCAACUGAGGAUGACGAGGAUUAUGUGUCUGAUCGUCUUUUCAAAGUUAGUUCGCCUACAUUUCAAGGAAUGCGAGUUCUUGAUUUCAUUAAUCCAAUCUUGGCUAUGUCGCACCUUAUUGUUAACAUUAGUGCUACAAAAAAAUAUUUACAUAAGUAG